AUGCAGUCCGUCAGAGAAUUGAUGCGCUCAGAGAAACAACGGCGGCAGCAACUACGAGAGGCAGCUGCUGCUACAAAAGCGGCGGCAGAAGCAAAAGCGGCAGAAGAAGCAAAAGCGGCGGCAGAAGCUAAAGCGGCGGCAGAAGCUAAAGCGGGAGAAAAGGACAGUCAAGAAAAGGAAGGGCUGCUUCAGGGGUAUAGCGACGAUGAGCAGGAGGCUGAGUCACAGAAUGGGCAGCAGAAGAAAAAUGCGCCUGUGGGCCCUAAGGGGUUGCCGGCAGAUUUCUUCGAUAAUCCAGCAGAGUUUGCAGCGGCCGAAGCGGAGCAGCAAUUGAACGCCACCAGUCCUCAGAUUUCUGCGGCAGCGGUUCCUGCAGCUUCUUCUUCAGAAGAAGAAGACGAUGAUGCUAAUGAAGAAGUGUUAAGCUAUGAAAUCGAGGAGCCAGAUGAGACCCUUCUACAGCCGAUCAUCCACUCGGAGGGCGCUGCAAGCGCAGAGCAGAGCGAAGAUGCACCGCAGGCAGAUGAAGCCUUGGCAGUAGCUGCAGCAGCACCGGCAGUGGCGGCAGUUUCCUCCGAUAAGUCGAACGAGUCCGAAGCGGGAAGAGAAGUAGAGACAGAUUCAGCUGCAGGAAGCUCCUUUGUGUUGAGCAGUCUCGAGCUAGCCACUGCCACUGAUGAAGCUCACUGGUACAACCCCUUUUCUACGGCGCUUCAUAGCGAGGUGCUGGUGGAGGAGGAGAGAAUGCAGCAGCAGGAGCGCCGUGCUCAGGAGGUGGCAAAGCUGCGCAGUGAGGCAGCAGCAGCGGCUGCAGCAGCAGCCGCAGCUGCUGUCUCCGGGAAGAGGAAGCGCAAGGGUCAGCAGCAGGAGGAGCCGCAGCUGAAGCAGCAGGGUGAGAGUGAGCUGCCGUGGGGAUUUUUCGACGACUUCGAUAAGGAUGCAGCUGCGAGGGGGGAAGUAGGGCCUGCACAGCUGCAGCAGCAGCUGCAGCUGCUGAACGAAAAGAAGCGGCAGCUGGUGGCAGAUAUUAAGGAAGGAAGACAGGAGGCUGUGCAGGAAAGGCAGGAUAUCCGAGCUUUCGUUAAUCAGGUGGUACAGCUGCAAGCGGAGCAGCAGCAGAUCGAAAAGCAGCUGAGUGCAAUUAAGAGGAGGGCAGAAGAAUUCAAGCAGCAGCAGCUGCUGGCGGAGAAGUGCAAAACGGAGCCAGCAGACACGGAGCACGCAUAUAAACCUGCAAUAUCAGCGUUGGGGGCGGUGGAGAUGGCGAAAACGGAGAAGCAUCAGCAAGCCGCUGCUUCUCCUUCUCACGCCACAGAGUGGAGUGACUCGGAAUCUGAAGUAGACGAUGACCUCACUUGGCGGGCGAAAAGCCUUGUCUGA